AUGUCCGUGUCAUCCCCCGGAACCAUUGUCGACGAGUCCUACGACGACCUAAGCUGGGUCGAUUUCCGGCUUGACCGGGCCGAUGAUAUCACAGCUAUUAAGAAGUCGCUCACGAACCAGGCCUGGUUUGAGCCCCUGUCGCACCCCGAAAAGGACAUGAGCGGCUUCAACGUCGCCAUGAUCGUAAUGCGCAUGAUUUACGGCAACGUGCUGGCGACUCCUGCGACAGCCGAGCCAAGUCUCGAGUUGCUGGAGGACGACGAGGACUGUGAGUCAGAGCCCGAGACAGACGAGAAGAGCGAACAUUUGCAUCUCAGAUCCUACCUCUACGACAACGAGGAGCAGUUUCCCCUUCUCGCAGUAUCUUGGGUCGACAUACCCGGAAUCCUCCAGAAAAAGGCAAAGAAUAGCCGUACCGAGAGCGUAUCAUCAUCGGCGGCCUACGACAGAACGGUGUUCGAGAUGGCCGAGUUACUCCUCUCUAGCUUCCCCAAGCACCGGCAUGAAGACGGACCGAUAUCUUUCUCCUACAUCAUGUCCAGCGACCUGGCCAACGACGCGCUCUGGAGCCACCCCUAUUUUCUCUACUACUCUCCUAUCGUCGGUUGCGCCCCCGCCGAAGCCGGACCGUGGACGGUCGGUCGCAAGAAAAUCCCGACCCGCAUGAAUGCGCACUACUCCCUCCUUCAUUUCGACUGGGCGCUCGAGCGCAAACAGUUUGCUGGUCUUGGCGCUUUUUUGACGUCCGUGGUUCUUCCCCGCCAGCGUCCAGACGGGCAGUGGUUGCUCUAUCAGCCGAACUUUCCCAAAGUGUUGCGGGUCAGAUAUGUGCCCGCCGCGGACACUCGCCGUUCUUCUUCGCCUGAUGGGGGUGCCACUCCCUACGACCAGAACCCCGGAUUUGACGACCUCAGACACAUCACCAUCGGCGGCCGCAAGAUUGACACUUCAACCUCUCUGGUAGAAUGGGCGCGCAAAGAUAAGCAAGGACAAGCCAUCAGGCAGGGAUACUCCAUAUUUGCUGUAGUGCGACUGCGUAACUCGAGCAAUCCGAAGGAGCAGGAUCUGGUACGGACUUACGAUGUGCAGCGGAUUGCCGACAUGGAGCGAAGGGCCGACGGCAUUGUGGUGCCCGAGAUGUCGACGACAAGCAGGACGGGAAGUGCAACGAGAUACUUGACUGAUGGGUGGAAGUUGGGUGAGCCGGGUCAUGAGUACGAUCUGUUCUAUUGUAGGGAUGAAGCUGAGCCGGAGGGUGAUGCUCCUGCUUCUGGAGCGAAGACUGGAAGUGCCAAGGAGGUUGGUGGUGGUGGUGGAGAUGAACAGGAGCAGGAGCAGAGGGAGAAGCGGGUGAAUGACAUUCCUUAUGAAAGUAUCGAAGAUGGAGAUGCCACUCUGCAAUGGGAAGGAGCAAAGUGA